CUUGGGUCUUGACUACUCGCGGGACUACUUUUAUUCUCUCGUUAAACCACUGUCACUCUCUCACCGCUCUCUCUUGUCGGCUACUCUGAACUUGGAUUUGCAACACACCAAAAUUCCUCAAAUGGUGGGGGAGAUGGUAUGUUAGGGUUUUGAGCUGAAGGAUUUGGAUUCAGCUUCCUCCUCCUUGCCAUGGAAUUGAGGAAGGAAAGGCUUGUCAGGUUUUAUUCUGAUGAAAAACGGCAUAAAGAAUCUUUAUGGCGAAGAGCUGAGCCAUCUCAGCUUGAAAAGUCAUCAUCUGCAUAUAAGUCGUCUUCAUUGCUUAAAUCUGACACUAGACUAGUGGGGGGAAGAAAUAGAUAUGUUGAAACUUCCAGCAUUGGGCAUUCAAAGGUGUUUCCAGAGGACUAUGAACCUUGGCAAAAGAGAAUACUUGACCCAGGUAGUGAGAUUGUGUUGCAAUGGAAUCGGGUUUUCAUUGUCUCCUGCUUGGUGGCACUUUUUGUUGACCCUUUGUAUUUUUAUCUGCCCAUGCUGGGAGGGGAUGCAAACACAUAUUGUGUGAAGACGGACUUAAGGUUGCGAAUUGUUGUGACUUGUUUCCGAACUAUUGCGGAUAUCUUUUAUAUGUUGCAUGUGAUGAUAAAGUUUAGGACAGCCUAUGUUGCGCCAAGUUCUCGUGUUUUUGGGAGGGGUGAACUUGUCAUGGACCCAAAGAAGAUUGCGCAGAGAUAUAUUAGAUCUGACUUCUUCAUUGAUCUCAUAGCCACAUUGCCCCUCCCUCAGAUAGUUAUCUGGUUUGUUAUCCCCGCAACAAGAAGCGCUCAAACGGAUCAUAACAACAAUGCGCUUGCACUAAUUGUUCUGAUCCAAUAUGUCCCCAGAUUAUAUCUUAUUUUUCCGUUGAGUUUACAAAUAAUCAAAGCAACUGGAGUGGUGACAAAGACUGCCUGGGCAGGGGCUGCAUAUAAUCUUCUAUUGUACAUGCUGGCCAGCCAUGUGUUAGGGGCAGCAUGGUAUUUGCUAUCAAUUGACCGAUAUACCUCAUGCUGGAAGUCAUUUUGUAAAAAGGAACUCAACACUACAAAAUGCUCGCUUUCUUAUCUAGAUUGUGACAAUGUUAACAGAAAAGGUUGGGCGAGUAGUACAAAUGUGUUUGAGAAUUGUAAUCCUGCAAGCAAAAAUUUCAAAUAUGGCAUAUUUGAAAGCGCAGUGACAAAAAAUGUUGUCUCCUCAAACUUCAUCACAAAAUACUUCUAUUGUUUAUGGUGGGGCUUACAACAACUAAGUUCGUAUGGGCAAAACUUGUCGACAAGCACUUUUAUUGGGGAGACGUCGUUUGCCAUUCUCAUUGCCAUUGUGGGUCUUGUAUUAUUUGCCCACUUAAUCGGGAAUAUGCAGACCUAUCUCCAAUCAAUCACUGUGAGGCUUGAGGAGUGGAGGCUUAAGCGAAGAGACACUGAGGAAUGGAUGAAGCAUCGUCAACUCCCUGAAGAUUUGAGACGACGUGUUCGUCGCUUUGUUCAAUACAAAUGGCUGGCAACUCGAGGAGUUGAUGAAGAAGCCAUCCUUCAUGGCUUACCUGCUGAUCUUCGUCGUGAUAUUCAACGCCACCUAUGCUUAGAUCUUGUUCGAAGAGUCCCGUUCUUCUCACAGAUGGAUGAUCAACUUCUCGAUGCAAUAUGUGAGCGUUUGGUGUCCUCCCUGAGCACGGGGGGUACCUACAUAGUUCGAGAGGGUGACCCGGUGACAGAAAUGCUUUUCAUUAUAAGAGGGUCUCUGGAUAGUUCUACUACCAAUGGAGGGCGGAGUGGAUUCUUCAACUCGAUCACUUUAAAACCUGGAGACUUUUGUGGUGAGGAGCUGCUUGCAUGGGCUUUGCUCCCAAAAUCCACUGUUAAUUUGCCUUCUUCAACACGGACAGUUAAAGCACUUAGUGAAGUUGAAGCUUUUGCAUUGCGAGCUGAAGAUCUCAAAUUUGUUGCUAACCAAUUCAGACGCCUGCACAGCAAGAAGCUGCAGCACACAUUUCGGUUUUACUCUCACCAUUGGAGAACUUGGGCGGCCUGCUUCAUACAGGCUGCUUGGCGCCGCCACAAAAGAAGAAUGACAGUAAAGGAUCUUUGUAUGAGCGAAUCAUUUGCUUUGGAUGAGAAAGUGGCUUAUGAGACUGAGCAAGAGGAAGAACAUCUUUCUGUUGUUUCAAAUCCCGCUUCCCAGGUAAAAAUGAAUCUUGGGGUCACAUUACUGGCUUCAAGAUUUGCUGCAAACACAAGAAGGGGAGCUCAGAAGCUCAAAGACGAGAUGCCAAAAUUACGAAAACCUGACGAACCGGACUUUUCCACUGAGCCUGAAGAUUAGUAGGUUUUGCGUAAAGCAGGCUUAUGGGUGUAAAGAUAGGUUUAGCUUUUUCGUCAAAGGUGAAGUGUAACUCAUUCAUGUACAACAUAAUCAUCUUAGUUUGCCGGACUGGGUAUUUCAGGUUUCACACGAAUCCCCGCCGAUUGCGAUGCCUGAUACCAUUGACAUCCGAAUUAUACCGCCAUAAUCGACCAAUCGAGGUUGGUGGAAGAGGUGAAUUGGUGCAUUGGAUGUUAGAGAAGUUGGACAUUAUUGUCUCGGGGGGUGCAUCGGAUGUAUAAGGCAAACCGUAUAUUGAUAUAAUCGCAGUUUGUGAGCUCAACCAGAGCAACACUGAAUAGAAGACGUUGUUUACGGUCA